AUGGAUCUGCAACCGUUCAAGGAGAUCCUCAACCGACCCCUGUACGGCUUCGUGUGCAUCCGCUGCGGCGAGAAGUGCGAUACUCGCUGCUUGCGCACCCACCUGCACGAUCACAAGUGCCACAACUCGACCUGCCCUGCCCACGCGCCGAUCCCCGUCCCGCAACAGCCUCGAGAUUUCAUCAUCGAGAUCGACGAGGCUCCUCCCCGGCCUGACCGCUUCCGCUACCCACCCAAUCGGCGAUCCCAAGACUUGGUCGCUUCACCGCAUCGGCAGCCUCCGACUACACGGCUGCCGCCACUCCAAGCGCUGAUGAUGAACCGACAGACGCCGCCUGUCCAACAGGCUAAUGUCCCUCAGCAGCCCCAGCCAAGACAGCGACAAGCAGGAGGGCCUCAGCAGUUGCAAAGCUACCAGCAGACCCCCCAACGUCAGCAGUCUGUCCGACAGCAGCAAUCGACACAACAGCAGCAGCAGCAGCAGCAGCUCACCAGACAGAUUCAGCAGACUACUCAGCAGACCACUCAGCAGCCAGGUCAGCGGCCCUCUCCGCAACCUCCUGCCAGACAAGCCCAGCAGAACCGGACCGAGCAGAGCCCAGCACAGAAUCAGCCUUCCGUCCACAUUGGCAGCCAGCAGUCACCCGCCGCAAGGCAGCGACAGGCGGGAGGACAGCAGCGCCCCUCGACCGAGCAAGCCCCUCCCACUCUAUCCCAGCCGCCCGCGGCGGCCCGCUCGGCCGUCGUCACCCGCUGGUACCCGCCGGCCCACGAGCCGGCCCCCGCCGGCACCGACCCGCGGGCGCAGGUGACCAACCACGAGCUGCACAUGCGCUACAUGACCGACCUCAUGCCCCGGCUCAGCGUCAAGCCCGGCCCGGCCCUCGAGAUCCACCUGCGCGGCAUCGAGGCGUUCGAGGUGCGCCGCGACGCGCUGCCGGGCCCCAUCGAGGUCAUCUACGGGUCGACGCGCGUCAGCAUCUACCUGUCCGACGUCGAGGGCGCGGUGCCGGCCGGCAGCUGGGAGCAGUGGCAGCGGCAGCGGCAGCGUGAGCAGCAGCGUGUCCAUGCCCCUCUGAUCACCACCGGGUCGCGCCACGCGCACACUUUCAACCGGGGCACGAGGAGCCAGGUCAUGGCGGUGACCACGGAGAAUGUCGUCACCCGGCCCAAUCUGGCGUCGUCGUCGUCUGACGCGGCGCCGGUCGAUCGGAGGCACCAGGCUUACGUCGAGGAUGCUCCAGAGGAGGAGGCGGAGGAGUAA